GGAGGGGGAGGGAAGGGGAGAAUCUGUGAGUCGCGGAGAGGCGGCGCGGCGGCUGCUGUGAGGAGACCGGGUGCGGAGCCUCCGGCGGCCCGGCCGCUCAGGGCCGGGGCCUGGACUGGGAAGGAGAGGCCGGAGCAGCGCCAAGAGCCGAGGCCGGAGCCGAGGAGGAAUGUGACCAGGGGUCGGCGGGGGCGCGGGAGUACGCGAGCGCAGGGAUGGGGCAGCAGGUGGGCCGCGUCGGGGAGGCUCCGGGGCUUCAGCAGCCGCAACCCCGCGGGAUCCGGGGCAGCAGUGCAGCCAGGCCCUCCGGCCGCAGGCGGGACCUGGCGGGACGCACCACGGAGGCCGGCUUCAAUAUCUUUACCCAGCAUGAUCACUUUGCCAGCUGUGUGGAGGAUGGAUUUGAGGGAGACAAGACUGGAGGCAAUAGUCCAGAAGCCUUGCACCGCCCCUAUGGAUGUGAUGUUGAACCCCAGGCACUGAAUGAAGCCAUCAGGUGGAGCUCCAAGGAGAACUUGCUCGGAGCCACUGAGAGUGACCCUAAUCUCUUUGUUGCACUUUAUGAUUUUGUAGCAAGUGGUGAUAACACACUUAGCAUCACUAAAGGUGAAAAGCUACGAGUCCUUGGUUACAACCAGAAUGGUGAGUGGAGUGAAGUUCGCUCUAAGAAUGGCCAAGGUUGGGUGCCAAGCAACUACAUCACCCCGGUGAACAGCCUGGAAAAACAUUCCUGGUACCAUGGACCUGUGUCACGCAGUGCAGCAGAGUAUCUACUCAGCAGUCUAAUCAAUGGCAGUUUCCUGGUGCGAGAAAGUGAGAGCAGCCCCGGGCAGCUGUCAAUCUCGCUCAGGUAUGAGGGGCGUGUCUAUCACUACAGGAUCAAUACCACCACAGAUGGCAAGGUCUAUGUAACUGCUGAGAGCCGCUUUAGCACCUUGGCGGAGCUUGUUCACCAUCACUCCACAGUGGCUGAUGGGCUGGUGACCACAUUGCACUACCCAGCACCCAAGUGUAAUAAGCCUACAGUCUACGGUGUGUCCCCCAUCCAUGACAAAUGGGAAAUGGAACGAACAGAUAUUACCAUGAAGCACAAACUUGGGGGUGGUCAGUAUGGAGAGGUUUACGUUGGCGUCUGGAAGAAAUAUAGCCUCACGGUUGCUGUGAAAACAUUGAAGGAAGAUACCAUGGAGGUGGAGGAGUUCCUGAAAGAAGCUGCAGUGAUGAAGGAAAUCAAGCAUCCUAAUCUGGUGCAACUAUUAGGUGUGUGUACUUUGGAGCCACCAUUUUACAUUGUGACUGAAUACAUGCCAUAUGGAAACUUGCUUGAUUAUCUCCGAGAAUGCAACCGAGAAGAGGUGACUGCAGUUGUACUGCUUUACAUGGCCACUCAGAUCUCUUCUGCCAUGGAGUAUUUAGAGAAGAAGAAUUUCAUCCAUAGAGAUCUUGCAGCUCGUAACUGCCUGGUGGGAGAAAACCAUGUGGUGAAAGUGGCUGACUUUGGCUUAAGUAGAUUGAUGACUGGGGACACCUAUACUGCUCAUGCUGGAGCCAAAUUUCCUAUUAAGUGGACAGCACCAGAGAGUCUUGCCUAUAAUACCUUCUCAAUUAAAUCUGAUGUCUGGGCUUUUGGGGUACUGUUAUGGGAAAUUGCUACAUAUGGAAUGUCACCAUAUCCAGGUAUUGACCUAUCUCAGGUCUAUGAUCUGUUGGAAAAAGGAUAUCGAAUGGAACAGCCUGAAGGAUGCCCCCCUAAGGUUUAUGAACUCAUGAGAGCAUGCUGGAAAUGGAGCCCUGCUGACAGGCCCUCUUUUGCUGAAACACAUCAAGCUUUUGAAACCAUGUUCCAUGACUCCAGCAUUUCUGAAGAGGUAGCUGAGGAACUUGGGAGAGCCGCCUCCUCCUCAUCUGUUGUUCCAUACCUGCCCCGAUUACCUAUACUUCCUUCUAAGACCCGGACGCUGAAGAAACAGGUGGAGAACAAGGAGAAUAUCGAAGGGGCACAAGAUGCCACUGAAAAUUCUGCUUCCAGUUCAGCACCAGGGUUCAUUAGAAGUGCACAGGCCCCCAGUGGGUCCCCAGCACUGCCUCGAAAGCAGAGAGACAAAUCACCCAGCAGCCUCUUGGAAGACGCCAAAGAGACAUGCUUCACCAGGGAUAGGAAGGGAGGCUUCUUCAGCUCCUUCAUGAAAAAGAGAAAUGCUCCCACACCCCCCAAACGCAGCAGCUCCUUCCGAGAAAUGGAGAAUCAGCCCCACAAGAAAUAUGAACUCACGGGUAACUUCUCAUCUGUUGCUUCUCUGCAGCAUGCUGAUGGGUUCUCUUUCACUCCUGCCCAGCAAGAGGCGAAUCUGGUGCCACCCAAGUGCUAUGGGGGGAGCUUUGCACAGAGGAAUCUCUGUAAUGACGACGGUGGUGGGGGUGGGGUCAGUGGCACUGCUGGGGGUGGGUGGUCUGGCAUCACAGGCUUCUUUACGCCACGCUUAAUCAAAAAGACACUGGGCUUACGAGCGGGUAAACCCACAGCCAGUGAUGACACUUCCAAGCCUUUUCCAAGGUCAAACUCUACAUCUUCCAUGUCCUCAGGGCUUCCAGAGCAGGAUAGGAUGGCAAUGACCCUUCCCAGGAACUGCCAGAGGUCCAAACUCCAGCUGGAAAGGACAGUGUCCACCUCUUCUCAGCCAGAAGAGAAUGUGGACAGGGCCAAUGACAUGCUUCCAAAAAAAUCAGAGGAAGGUGCUCCAACCAAGGAGAGACCAAAAGCCAAACUUUUGCCCAGAGGAGCCACAGCUCUUCCUCUCAGAACCCCCUCUGGGGAUCCAGCCAUUACAGAGAAGGACUCUCCAGGGGUGGGGGUGGCUGGAGUGGCAGCUGCUCCAAAGAACAAGGAGAGGAAUGGUGGGGCACGACUUGGCAUGGCUGGAGUCCCAGAGGAUGGCGAGCAGACAGGCUGGUCUUCUCCAGCCAAGGCUGCGGCAGUCCUCCCAACCACUCACAACCACAAAGUGCCAGUCCUUAUCUCACCCAAUCUGAAGCACACUCCAGCUGAUGUGCAGCUCAUUGGCACAGACUCUCAGGGGAAUAAAUUCAAGCUCUUAUCUGAGCAUCAGGUAACAUCCUCUGGAGACAAGGACCGACCCCGACGGGUAAAACCAAAGUGUGCCCCACCCCCACCACCAGUGAUGAGACUACUGCAGCAUCCGUCCAUAUGCUCAGACCCCACGGAAGAGCCAACUGCCCCAGCUGCAGGACAGCCCACGUCAGAAACGCAGGAAGGAGGGAAAAAGGCAGCUCCAGGGGCAGUGCCCACCAGUGGGAAAGCUGGGAGGCCUGCGAUGCCUCCACCUCAAGUGCCUCAGCCCACAUCUUCCAUCUCGCCAGCCAAAAUGGCCAAUGGCACAGCAGGUACUAAAGUGGCUCUGAGAAAAACCAAACAGGCAGCUGAGAAAAUCUCAGCAGACAAAAUCAGCAAAGAAGCCCUACUAGAAUGUGCUGACCUACUGUCCAGUGCAAUCACGGAACCUGUGCCCAACAGCCAGCUGGUGGACACUGGACACCAGCUGCUCGACUACUGCUCAGGCUAUGUGGACUGCAUCCCUCAGACUCGCAACAAAUUUGCCUUCCGAGAGGCUGUGAGCAAACUGGAACUCAGCCUGCAGGAGCUGCAGGUGUCUUCAGCAGCUGCCGGUGUGCCCGGGGCAAACCCUGUCCUUAAUAACUUAUUGUCGUGUGUACAGGAGAUCAGUGAUGUGGUGCAGAGGUAGCCACUGUUAGCCUAGUGGGAAGAUGCACACAUUUCUGAGGGGAGGCAGAAAGGGACUUGUUUUCCUGUGUUCUUGUUUUCAAAAAAUGAAAGACUGAUACUUGAGUGUGUUUAUGUGAAGUACCUCAGAUCUCUGAGUUCUCACGUUUACAGGUUCAUCUCAGAAAUAACAAAAAGCAAAAUGCAUAGGAGAGGGAAAUUAGAUGGGGGCAGGGCAGUCGUGGACAGGAUUAGAAGCUGCACUGGAACAUCAGGGAACAUGCGUAUGUCAUGCCGUGAAGAACCCAGUCCAGCUCGUUCUUACCUGGAAUGAUGUGAGGUGGUGAGGGCUGCUCUCAGCAGGGCUGCAGGGACCGUGCCCGGAGGCUGGAGUGGCUGCGGCACUCAUGCUGCACCACAGGAAGGAAGUGACUUGGGCUCCAGUAGGUACUAAUGGUGAUUAUGCUCCAACUCACCUAAUGAACGUGGUGGGACAGAAGAAAGGAAAGCUGGGAAUGUACCAAGAGAAGUUUUGUUUACGGCUUUGGGAAGCAGCUGUCAGCCUUGCUUCCACAAUGUCGCUGCUGCAGUAAGAACUGAGAAUCGAUUUGCUAGAAAACAAAACUGGGAAACAUGGCCCCAUCUGUAUGUUCCUGUCCUGUUUUCCAUUGGUGCAGGAAGUAAAGAAGGCAAGGAAUAACAGUCAGGGAGAUGGAAACCUCCUCCUAAAAUCUUACAUUGGUUGGCAGAAGUCAGUUCUCCUAGUCUAGUAUAUUAUUUCCUGGUGGACCAGGAUCAGCCUUCUGCUUGUUGGUCCCUAUCUGUAGACCACAGGCAUAGGAGUCUCCUUAGUGGUUCUUCUCUGCCCCUUGCUGGGCAGGCUGUCUUCUCUUAUUACUGGCAGCAUUCAGGGCAUUAACCAACAUCGAUUUUGAAAAUAGUGGUCAUGUACAGGUUCUCACAGGGGAAUCUUUUUCUGAUACAGUGCCCCUGCACACUGACAUACUGGCCAAGAACUUGAGCAGCUGUCUAUUUCUUUAUCAACUAAAACACCAGGGAAAGGGUCUCUUCUUGAAACCCAAGGGCCAGGCCCAGAGGCUUGUGAUUGAGAGAAGCUGACUUGGUCCUGAUGGCUGUUUCUCUGUACCUUCCCCCUCCCUCAUCACCUUAGACCCAGUAUAGGUAGAGAGCAGUGAGAAGCUGUCUCUCACUCGAUGGAUUUCAAAUGAAUUACCCUGAAUUAUUCUCACAUGCUUGUCUCCUCUCACUUACCUUCCCGGCAUUGUUGUGCUUGUUGGUAAAGAUCAUAUUGGGAAUAACCUUUGAUAUUUAUUUUGUCAUUUCACCUCUAUUUUAAGAAUGCAUAAUUGAAGGAGCAGGGCAUUUCCAGAGAACACCAGUUAGACCCUGGAAACCUAAUGACUUAACCCCCAAAUAUGUUUUGCCCUUGAAAAAAAGGCCCUUUCCGCCCCUAUUCAGUUAUAAUUAUGGAAACUAAUUAGGAUUGCAUGAAACGAAUCUGUUUAGAUGUUAUUAAUAUUCUUGAUAUCAGGUCUAAUUCCAAUUACCACUUUAUUCUCUUUUUAAAGAUUUAUGACCUGCCCCCCCCAAGAAGAACCCAAUCCAUAAAAAUAAAUCCAUUAUUUUUUCCUCCCAAAGGAAUAUUAACUUAGGAAGAUAGAAAUUCAACAUUGACGAACAGUGAGUUUUCUUCCUGGCUCUGUCAUCGAUCCACUGUCAAGCCACAGCCCCAUCUCUUAAUCUAAUAAAUGAAGGUAAUGAUACAUUUCUCAAGGGUGUUUUGCAAAUAAGUGUAUAGCUGUCCCUUUGAGAGCCUCUCUAGAAAGCUCUUUAGUGCAGUGUUGUUAUGUUGAAUGGUUUUUCAUUCUCUUCGCUGCUCAGUAGCAGAUAAUGAAAUUUAGAACUGCUGAGAUUACAUUAACUGGGCUAGAGUACUAAGCGGGGAAAACUAGGUUUUGGACAGAGUUUGGCAUCUUUGACCAAGGAGGAAAUUGAGUUUUCGUUAGAAAGAAAGGAAACCUCGAUUCUUAUCAUAGCUGCUCCAGAGAAGGCCCAUGCCAAGAGAAGGAUACAGAGGGAAGAGACAGUAUUGGGCGUGCCGUUUGGGGGUUGAGUGAUCCCUGUCUGUACAUUACCUACAGACGCAGCACAGGCAACUAGUGAUCUGGUUAACCUCCUUGUGGUGGUUGAAAGAGAGGACAGAGUUCCUUUAACUUGGAUUUAAAAACCAACCGUCCUCCUUCCACUUUCUUCUGUGCCACUCCGCUUCAUCAUACACUUGCAUAAACUUGAAAUCGUUUUAGCAAUUAACCUUUUAAGGGUGGGACAGGGAAAGCUAAAACUUUAGAAUAUUAUUAUGCUGCUUUUUAAGUUUAUCCCUGUCAUUGUGGGAUGUAAGUUGAGGGAUUAUAAUUGUCUUUCAGGGGAUUUUUUUUUUCCUUAUAAAGCAAGGGAUCUUUCCUUGAGAGCUCUGAAAAUAAGCCUUGGAGGAACACUACUGAGUGUAUCUAAGCUCCCUGGUCUUCUCACUGAAGAACAGUCUUGAGGGUGGGGGCUGUGUCUUACUCAGGGGCAGCACCUGGCUCUGUCUUGCCUGCAUUAGGUGCUCAGUAAGUUCAUGAAUUGAAUCGAUUUUUCUCAACACUGUCGAGAGUAGCAUUGACUAUUAUGGCACACUCCAUGAUGCUUGAACUGUGUAACUUCUGGAGUUGAGGGCUCACAGUUCAGGUUAAAGAGGCACUGUCAACGUAUUAUAAAAGCAUAAUUUAGGUUUUUCCUUUUUCUACUUGAAAAGGACCAGAUUUUAAAAAUAACUUUAUGUAAAUUUAAAAGUUUGAAUUUAAAGCAGAGAAAACUGCUUCAAGAAACUAAAAAUGUAGUCUAAUUCAAUCUAGUUUAAAAACAAAGCAGAGAGAGCAGGAGCAAAAGCGCUUCUACAAGGCGUUGAAAACUUUCUCAAGUGGUUAUAUAUAUGCAUACCUUUGGGCUGCCACAGCUUGAAUCCUUUCAUGUACAGAUAAUAUGAUUUCAGUUUAGAUUUCCUACCUUAAAAUGCAGUGUUUUGUGUAGAAUACAUCUUGAUUGUGCUUUACAUGAAGUAUUUUCUUAAAAAGCUUUAUGUAAAAUUAAAAUAUAUUUUCCUACACACUUCCAUUGUGAUUUUCAGAGAUACAGCCUUAAAAAAAAUUGGCCCUAAGAAAUUCAUUCAGUGUUUUUCAAGAUGACCUCUAUACAUUGAGGUCAUUAGUGGAGACCCUUUCCCAGCUGCAUUUUGGGGUUUAAGUUAGAAUUUCCUUAAAAUUCAGUUGAAAGUUGGCUAGUAAAAUAGUGCCCAGUUAAUAAAACAUGCUGACUUUGCUAAGGCACAGGCCAUAUUUAUUGAACUAAAGUCACGGAGCUUUUGAGUUUAAAGGAUACAGUAUAGGUAUUGAUUUAGAGUUCAGUCUCUAAAGCCAGUCUAGAAGGCAAGUUAUUUAACCUUCCUGAGCCUUAGUUUCUUCACUGGAAAACAGGGAUAAUAGUAGUAACUAACUCAGGGUUGUCGUAAGGAUUAAAUGAGAUAAUGUAUGUAAGAUACUUAGCUUGAGUGCCUGGCACAUAAUGAGCACUCUGUAAAUGUUAACUACUCCUAUUAUUAUUAAACUUAGUCCAGUGAGUCUUAGCCAAGGAUGUGCAACAAAAUCCCUUGGAAUUUAAAACAAAACAAAACUAUAUGCAUUGGCCUCACCCCAGCUCAGAAUUCUCAAUCCCAAGAAUCCCUCCAGGUGUUUCAAACACCCAGCACUGUCUGAAUACUAUCAAUACCCCAGCCCUUUUCUUUACAGCUUAAGAAAUUGGAAGAGAGGAUGGUUAAGUCACUUGCCCAUCAGAGCAGUUCAUUAGUGGUAGAGCCAAGGCUAGAGUUCGCGUCUCUUGACUUUCCGGUUGUGGAGUCUUUCCACCAUUCCUGCUACCUUGUGAGACACUGCAGAAGAAGUGGCUCAGAUGGACAAUCAGUCUGCACGGUGCUGCACACUUUCUAAAGCACACGCUCCUGGCACGCUCUGACCUUAAGUAAGGGGCUUGAAUGUCGAGUAACAGCAACACUAGCAAAGUAGGCAUUCAAUAGAACUCAGUAAUUUAAAAAAUUAUAUGGGGUCGUUCUUUUGGACAGACCUCAGCAACACGGCAGUCUGCACUUUGUAAUAAAGAAAUACCAACUUAAGUUUUAAAAAAAACCUAGUCCGACAUUCCUUUUUCUUAAAAAAAAAACUUUAUUCCAUAUCAUUUUAAUGACUAUGAAAUAAUGUAUAUAUGAAAGCACUUUGAGAAAAGUAUCAAAUGUAAUAUAACUAUAAAGUUGUAUCAUUAAUAUCUAUUUAGAAGAUAAAACAGUUGAUUAGAUGCUGAUUGACUUACAGGUUUUUACCUGUGGGGGACCUAAAAAUGCAGAUAUAUAAACAAUCACUUCUGUAAUUUAUCACAUUUAUAAAUACGAAACUGCUAAAUGAAUAUGUGCAGGUAUAGUAAACGUUUUUGCUAAAAUUGUAGCUCAAUGCUGAAUAACUUCAGAAAACUAGGGACCAACUUCUGGUUUAAUUAUAAUCUUUAAAAAGUACGAAUGUUACUCCAGAACAAAGAAGCUCUUCCAGGGACCUUGACUCAAGAAGAAUGAUGCCCUCAUACCUUGAACUUGUCUGCUACAUGUUCAGCCAUUUAGUAUCCUAAAUAUAGUGGGAGCAGACUCGUUGCCUGUUGAUGUUGACAGUGUCUUUUUAAACCUAUGUCCUGCGUGGUUUUGUUGUUUUUUUGGGGGAGUGGAGGGAUAGAUUGGAUGGCCAUGGAACCAGUGCACUUUGGGAAUUGCUUUUCUAGGAUUUCCUACCAGUUAUAAAUGAGCUUGACAUUCAUCAUCCAUGCUUAUUUUUUUCCUAAGAGUAGUAGCUGAAGGUAACUCACCUAUUAGAGUAUAAAACAUCAAGAGUAAAUUGCCUUGGUGGCCACGUUUGAGUUAUAGCUGCACUGCCUUCUGACCUCUUGCACUUCCUUCCCUUUUUGCUACUGAUGUCACCAUUACUAUCAGGCUCUGCCCCCCAGGAGUUCACGUGGGCUGACAGGGUUGUCUCUGUUUUUCUUCUUGAUGAUUUUGGGGUUUCAUCAUCUUGCUUACAUUAACUUGUUCUACCUGGAUUUGGGGUCCAUCUCUGUGCCCUGAGCAUCUAUGACCAGUCUUCUUUAUGUAGGUGGGUCUCGGCACGUAAGUUUCUUCUUAUGUAUUAAUAGACUCCAGCUGUCUGUAUCUCUGUCUUAGCUUCUGUCAAGCCAGUAGCUCAGUUCUUUUGUGAAUGCCUGCUUCGGUUUGGGAUAUGUGGGAGCAGGAGAGAAAUAGAAGAAGGCAGCUCCAGGGGAGCCUAUACAUUUAUGACAAAGGCAGGCAAAGGCACCUGUACCUUCUAUGUGACAACCCAGGGAAAUUGCUGCUAGCCAUAGCCUCACAGUCAGAGAGGAGAGGCCUUGGGCUGGUUCUAAAAGUUGUCCCGCUCUUAACAGUCAGGAUAUUUAUAUCCUUUGGAUAGAGUUCCAGUUUUCCAACUACCUGACUUUAAAAAAUCUAAUGCAAGGCUUGCUUUUGUUGGCAAGCCAGUAGUGCCUGGAGUAACAAUUACUGUUACCUGCUCUGUUACAGCCGGAGCCUCACUGCCGUUCCCUGCCCUCCUGUGUUACUGGGGAAGCGUGGGUGGAUUUUAGGCCCGUGGAGUGGGCUGCACCCUGCUCCAGAGCAUCUACCUGGUGACUGUCUUAGCUCCAGCCUGUCUUUUGUGAAGUGUACCGCAGUGUCCAGAAAGAUGAGUUUCUGCUCUGGGGCUGCUGCAUGACAGGGUGUAUGUUCUAUCUUGAGAUAACAUGUGAGCAAGAUGAUAUUUCCUUCAUUUCUGACUCAGUAUCCCAGAUCCAAAGGAUAGGAAAUUAGGGAAAGCUUCACUCUGUGAUAUCACGGGGAGAAGAUCCCACACUUCUCCCCAGGUGAAGAGGUCCUGGCAGGUCAUCCUGAUUCUAGGCUGACUUGGAGUGGUCGAGAUCACUCCUAGAGGGCUGUACCUUCACAGGUGGGUUCAUGCAUUUUGCAGGGGAAAAGACCUGUCAGCUGGGUUGAUGUUGCACAACUUUUGAGCUAGAACUGGUAGAAAUGAGCCUUUUGGGUGGCAAACAAAGGCUCACAGCUCUGGUCAGUGAGGGUUCUGUCCGUGAGAUGUUCUCCCCACAUGGGGCGCUGAUUUGGCAGACUGCUGCACUGUUCUCCCUCUCGCUUGGUGAGCUGGGGGAAGGACACUCUAACUGGACUCUUCCCUCCCUCCAGGACACUUACUUCUUUGCUCCUAUGUACGAUUAUAAAUUUGAAAUUGUUUCUCUCUCCUAGAAAAAUUAGAUCCUUUAACCUCACCAUUGCUGAGCAACCUGAACACAGUAGCAAGGCCCUGUUAACUGAGCCUGAGGUCACAGGUAGUGUGUGAGCAGGUCUUUAAACCUGCAAAUCAUCUAAGGGAAGGGAUGUCCCCUUUAAGUUGAAAGGCUAGGCCCAACCUUGUCCUCAGACUGCACCCUGUACAUGCCCUCUGUCUGUUCUGUGAGAUUCUUUGUUCAUCACGGUACUCGAAGCAGCAAGUUUCCAGGCCUACAUGUCACUCCAGCCUACUGAGCUGUACACACAGCUUGAGGUCUCGGAGCGCUGUAGUUAAUUCUUCAGGACACGGUGGAGGCAAACUGUCAACUGCUAACACGCUUUAAGAAAGGAAAUACAGAGUUUGUAUGGUUGGGCUUACUUAGGUUUGCUUCUGAGCAUCAGGAUAGGAGUUUUAAAUCAUGUAAUUAAGCACCAUAAACUUUAGUUGGUGAAAUUUAAUAAAAUUUUCACAUAUAAGGAUACUUAAUUUUCAGCAGUUAUAACACAAUAACAACACGGGUAUGCUAAAUAAAUUUAUUCUUGAUUCAAAGAUAUUGCAGGAUCCUGUGAUGAUUUAGGGUCAUCAGUAGUGAGUCCCAAAUACUGUUGUGUGCAAUUCAGAAGUACCAUACCAUGUGUUGUGAGUGGCAAGAAUGCCAGGAGACAGAGAUGUUGCUGGUAGGUGAGGGCCAGAUAAACCAGCCUUUCCCCAUUUUGACAAGCCAUUUUCACUGUGGCCACUGUUCUUUGGACUCUAUUAUAGAGAGAUUUUCUGAGAUCUUGAGAAAUCACCUUGAUUAGGCUGAUUGUUCUUCAGAGAAAUUAGUAUUCACAAACUAGAAAAGACAGUGAGGUACUCAUCUUACAGUUCUUGAGGGCAUACGUUUGAAAACCCUCAUAUCUGUAUAGAGGGUACACGUCAUGUCCACAGGUUGUACAUACACUGUUGUUGUGCUAAGAAAGGAGGAGAGUGAGUGAAGGAGUUCAUCACAUCUUUCCCUGUGGUGAAUGAAACUGCCCCGGUUGGUGUGUUUGCCAUGAACAGGCUGGCUGAGCUGUUAAUGCAUGCUCAGAACUCCAUCUCCUGGGUAGACCCCGCACUUUUCCUUCUUUGCAAUCUGAUUCUGUAAUGACUAUCAGUAGAGAAACCCCAGUUUUAUGCUCGCUUGGCAAAAAUAAGUCUGAACAUUUCAUGGUGGUUGACAGAACUUUGUCCUAAAACAUAUGAUUCGGAUUCUUUAAAACUUGUUUAACGUUUAUACCAAAGGUCAUGCUCUGCAGGUGUAUGUGUGGUGGGUGCACAGAGGGUGAGGUCUGGAGGGCCCGGGCACUGUGUGCGUUGCUAAGAGACAGUGAGACAAUAUGGGAUUUCAUUGAAAACACGUCAAUCAUGGGUCACACUACCAGUGUUGUCAGGUGUUUGUUCUUAAUUGUUAUUAAUUGUUAUUGUAAUAUAUUUUCGGGUGUUUUGUUUUUCUAAUUUAAUUCUCUCACCCUGUUGUCUGACUGUGAACUGCUAACAGUGUUAAACUUGAUGUAAAUAAAUGAGGCCCUGAAAGGGGAAUGCUGUCUGCCUGUUGUCUCACAAAGCUUGCCAAUUUGUGUUUUAUUUUAAAUAAAGGUUGCAAUAUUUUAUUGGCAAA